CUGGAGAGCAAUGCUCCAUCCUUAGCCGAGCAGCUCACAGGGGCUCCCGGUCCCAGCUGAGCGACUUGUCCCCAGGAAGGUUUGUGGCGAGCUGGGACUGUAGAUGCCACAGGCUGCCCUUGCGCAUUAAGAGUAAUUUCCAUUCUGGUCAUGAUGGGACCCAGCGCAAGGAGCAGGAUGUAUACACUGCUGUCUGGACUUUAUAAGUACAUGUUCCGUAGGGAUGAGUACUGCAUUUUGAUCCUUGGGCUGGACAAUGCGGGGAAAACGACCUUCCUUGAGCAGACUAAAACCCGAUUUAAUAGGACCUACAAGGGGAUGAGCUUAUCCAAAAUCACUACCACUGUGGGCUUAAACAUUGGUACUAUUGAUGUGGGCAAAGCCCGGCUAAUGUUCUGGGAUCUUGGAGGGCAGGACGAGCUGCAGUCUCUCUGGGACAAGUACUAUGCUGAAUCCCAUGGGGUCAUCUAUGUUAUCGAUUCCACUGAUGAAGAGAGGCUCUCGGAAUCUAAAAGAGCUUUUGAGAAGGUGGUCACCAGUGAAGCUCUGGAAGGGGUUCCCAUAUUGGUGUUAGCUAACAAGCAGGAUGUAGAGACCAGCACUACUCAAUGAGACAGUCUGUGCUACCGCUCUCCAUCGGAAAAAGCUGUGAAUUGCAGAGGAUACAGUCUGCUUUUUCUUGGGUUUAUAAUUUCAAAACUUUCUUGGAUAUAUAGAAUUACAGAAUAGAUCUACUGUAGUUUCAGAUCAGAUUGUGGAUACUGUUUGGGUGACAGUUUGCUGUUCUAAGGAAAUGUAAGACUUCACCCUUCUCUCUUUCCUUUUUGCAUAUGGUCUACCUGAAUUCCAAUAGCUGCAGUACCACCAGUCGUCCUCUAGAGGGUGCCAGAUACAUUUAAUAGGCACAUAGGAUUUUCAACACCAGUUCACUGGUCUAAAGGUCUGGUAUCCUGCUUCAAAGGAAGCUAAUGCUGACUGCCCUCUGCCCCCGGGUAAAGCCCCUAGCUAGAUCCCGCAUCACUAUGAAGUACCUUUCUGAUACCUUAGGGGAUUUGAUUCUUAUUUUAGAACAUUGGUACAGAUGUUAAAUGUAACCAUUUAAAAAAUAAUCUAGCCCUAAUCAGGAGGCCACAUGGUUUAGAAGAAUUAGUAUAGGCCUGAGAGCCAGGGCCUUCUGAAUUCUAGCCCUUGUUUUGCCGCUGACUAGCUCUGUGACUUGAGGAUGUCACUGAAUCUCUUAUUCCAGAUUCUCUGUCUGUAAAAGGAGCUGCUUUACUGUAGGGAAAUUGGAAUAUAAGCUGCCAUGAAACACUGUAACUUACACCAGGGCCCCAUAAUCCAUUUCCAUCUUCGCUCUCAGAUUCAGCCACUCACAACCAGUCCUAGACACUGGGUCCAAGAACUGUUCCAGUUUGCCCUGGCCCUUCAAAGUACCAGCAUUUUGCAUUGUCAACAGCAUAAACUACAAGUUCAAUGCAAGAAGGCUGCACAAUGCUCACAGGAGCGUGGAACCUCGCCGCUGGGAUUUGACGAGACGCUGUGUUGUAUCAGAUGCAUAGUCAGUGCUGAUCUGAAUCUUCAAAAUUAGAACUUUUUUGCAUUUAGAUUGGCUGCAGACAGACUGAUUUGGUGACAGAGCUAUGAAACCUCACAGUUUCUCCCACAAAGAUAUUUCAAGUGGUUUUGAGUGGGAAUUCCUAAUGUUUAGAAAAGUUUACCUUUUGUUUGAUUGCUUAUCAUAGUAAAACCUGCACAAAUGCGAACUUACUCUUUUUCCUAUGUGAAUGGUAUUAUAAAAAUGUCAAACUAAAACUUCUGGGACACAAUUAUAUCGUGGGAAAAUUGUGGGGCUGAAACUUCAUGCAAAAAAAUUUUCGUUUUGGAAAACUGUGACCUGCCCAUUUAUAACAUAUGCUGAGUAUUGGCUGUGGUAUGUAAAUCUAGGGAGAUGUGGUCAUUGCAGGGGAUUCGUGUGUGAUUUCUGAAAAUUAUGUCAAACUCCAGAGCUUUGGAGAGCCCUCAUUUUUGUUUUGUUUUUUUGUUUUUUUCUGAUAAGCCUUGCAGAAGGAGAUGGGAGGAUUAUUGGUGAUCUUGCCUAGUAGUUGUUAAGGGUGCAGAGUUGAGGAAACUUGCCUCUUUCUGCCGCUACUGGCAAUUCCAAUUUUUGAUAAUACCUAGUUUAUGUAGCACUUUUCAGCAGUGGCUCUCAACUUGCUUAAUAAAGGAGGCUUGUGUUAAUAUCCUCAUUUUACAGAUGGGGAAACUGAGGCACAGAGGCAGUGACUUGCCAAAAGUCACCUAGCCUGUCAGUGGCAGAGCCAGGAAUAGAACCCAGGUCUGAAUUUCAGGCCAGUGCUGCAUCCACUAGGAAACACUGCCUCCCUACUAUUUUACCCUCUCCAUAAAACAAGAUUAUAUGCUAGUAAACAAAGAAUACUAGGGCCGAUGGGGUAUGCUAGUCAUGCAUUUUAUUUUUCUUUAAAUGUUUCUCACAGUCAGGGUUGCUGCCCAUCCUGGAAUUAGCAGAACAGUCCCAAUCUUAUUCCUGACGUGUUAGUCAGUUGCUCAUAAGGCAUUUAAAGAGCCCAUAUUUAUUUCAGGUGUAUUCCUGACAUUGUGGCCCUGCAUCACCAGUCGAGGAGGUGCAAAUAGACAGGGUCCCUAAACGUGGAGCACUUCCCCUGGGGCCCUCUGCAGAUCCUUCAUAAAAGGAUUUAAGCCUGCUCCUAUGAUUUAAAAGCAAGACCGUUUUGGGAAGUGACUGUGUCUUGGAAACAGCCAUUCUUCAUCAAGGGGAAUUUGUGGAAUUGGCUGUUUAUGGAGAGCUGAGGUGCAGAUUUAUUCCUCAAGUGAAAACUCUGUUUCCCCUGUUAUGUGACUUUGCUUUGAAAUAGCUAAUGAAUCUGACCUUUGCAGAGCAGUCCCUGUGUGGGUUGUAUUGUUGUAAUGACGUGCUGUUCUGUGUGCUUACCGAUCUGGUUUCCAUCGCUUUGUUCUUAGUUUAGAAGCUUUUACAUCAGAAACAAAAUGACAUUCUAAAACAUCUCUUCACAAGAAUGAGGGAAAAAUAACCUUAAACUAUGCUGACGUUCUCUCCCAAGCACGAAACCUUUAAAUGUCUGUCCAAAAGGAACGGUGAUGUAACUUCCUUCUCCAUUGUCUUUUCAGGAUCCCAAUUUAUGCCUUCCUUUUGGAGGCUGUGAGAGAGCAACUGCUCUGUCAAAAGGGGUGUGUCCAAGUAU